AUGGGGAAAGGGAGUGGUGCUGAAAAUGGAGAAGGGAAGAAGAAGAAGAAGGAGAAGGAACUGGAUGAGCUCAAGAAGGAGGUGUCCAUGGAUGAUCACAAGAUAUCAUUGGACGAUCUGGGAAGACGCUACGGAGUCGACCUGACUCGGGGUCUGACCAAUGCCAAGGCUCUGGAGGUGCUGGCCAGGGAGGGGCCCAACGUGUUGACUCCUCCUCCCACCACCCCAGAGUGGGUGAAGUUCUGCCGCCAGCUGUUCGGGGGUUUCUCCUUGCUCCUCUGGAUCGGUGCCAUCCUCUGCUUCCUGGCCUACAGCAUCCAGGUGGCCACAGAGGACGAGCCAGCCAAUGACAACUUGUACCUGGGUGUGGUCUUGUCAGCUGUGGUCAUCAUAACUGGCUGUUUCUCCUACUACCAAGAGGCCAAGAGCUCCCGCAUCAUGGACUCCUUCAAGAACAUGGUUCCUCAGCAAGCCCUGGUGAUCAGGGAAGGAGAGAAGAUGACGAUCAAUGCAGAGCUAGUGGUGAGGGGAGACCUGGUGGAGAUCAAAGGAGGAGACAGGAUCCCUGCCGACCUCCGAGUCGUCUCAGCCGCGGGCUGCAAGGUGGAUAACUCCUCUCUGACUGGAGAAUCAGAGCCUCAGACACGCACACCGGAGUUCACUCAUGAGAACCCCCUGGAGACUCGAAACAUCGCCUUCUUCUCAACCAACUGUGUGGAGGGUACAGCCCAUGGUGUAGUAGUAGGGACUGGAGACCAUACAGUGAUGGGUCGUAUUGCCACCCUGGCCUCUGGGCUGGAGACGGGCCAAACUCCCAUCAACAUGGAGAUUGAACACUUCAUUCAACUGAUCACGGCCGUGGCUGUAUUCCUGGGGGUCAGCUUCUUCAUCCUGGCCAUCAUCCUGGGGUACACCUGGCUGGAGGCCGUCAUCUUCCUCAUUGGCAUCAUCGUCGCCAACGUCCCCGAGGGCCUGCUGGCCACAGUCACUGUAUGUCUCACCCUCACUGCCAAGCGUAUGGCCAAGAAGAACUGCCUGGUCAAGAAUCUGGAAGCUGUGGAGACCCUGGGUUCUACCUCUACCAUCUGUUCCGACAAGACAGGCACUCUGACCCAGAACCGCAUGACCGUGGCCCACAUGUGGUUCGACAACAUGAUCCAUGAGGCCGACACUACGGAGGACCAGUCUGGUGCUACCUUUGAUAAGAGCUCGGCUACAUGGCAUGCUCUGUCCCGCGUGGCUGGACUCUGUAACCGUGCUGAGUUCAAAGCUGGGCAGGAAAACUUCCCCAUUCUGAAGAGGGACACUGCGGGCGAUGCGUCGGAAUCUGCUCUGUUGAAAUGUAUUGAGCUCUCCUGCGGGUGUGUCCGCUCCAUGAGAGAAAGAAACACCAAAGUGGGAGAGAUACCCUUCAACUCGACCAACAAGUACCAGCUUUCCAUUCAUGAACAAGAGGACAAUGAAAAUGGCCACCUACUCGUUAUGAAGGGAGCACCUGAAAGAAUAUUGGACCGGUGUAGCACCAUCUUGAUCCACGGCCAGGAGGUUCCAAUGGACGCCAACUGGAACGAAGCUUUCCAGAGUGCCUAUAUGGAGCUGGGAGGGCUGGGAGAGAGAGUUCUAGGGUUCUGCCACUUGCCACUGUCUCCGGCCCAGUUCCCUCGGGGCUUCUCCUUUGACUGUGAGGAAGUCAACUUCCCUAUAAAAGGGCUGUGCUUCGUUGGUCUCAUGUCCAUGAUCGACCCUCCUCGCGCCGCCGUCCCCGACGCUGUGGGGAAAUGCCGCUCCGCAGGGAUUAAGGUCAUCAUGGUGACUGGCGACCAUCCCAUCACUGCCAAAGCCAUCGCUAAAGGCGUGGGCAUCAUCUCCGAGGGCAACGAGACUGUGGAGGACAUCGCUGAAAGACUGAAUAUUCCCCUGAGUCAAGUCAACCCCAGGGAUGCCAAGGCCUGUGUGGUGCAUGGAGGGGACCUGAAGGACAUGAGCGCAGAGUACCUGGAUGACCUACUCAGGAAUCACACGGAGAUAGUGUUCGCCCGCACAUCACCUCAGCAGAAACUCAUCAUCGUAGAGGGCUGCCAGAGAACGGGGGCAAUCGUGGCGGUUACUGGGGACGGAGUGAACGACUCGCCUGCCCUGAAGAAGGCUGACAUUGGGGUUGCUAUGGGGAUUGCAGGGUCUGACGUUUCCAAGCAGGCUGCAGACAUGAUCCUCCUGGAUGACAAUUUCGCAUCUAUUGUCACAGGAGUGGAGGAAGGUCGUCUGAUCUUUGAUAACUUGAAGAAGUCUAUCGCCUACACACUGACAAGUAACAUUCCAGAGAUCAGCCCCUUCCUCCUCUUCAUCAUUGCCAGCAUUCCCCUUCCCCUGGGCACCGUCACCAUCCUCUGUAUCGACUUGGGCACAGACAUGGUUCCUGCUAUCUCAUUGGCCUAUGAGACGGCUGAGAGUGACAUUAUGAAGCGUCAGCCCAGGUGCCCAAAGACAGACAAGCUGGUGAACGACAGACUGAUCAGCAUGGCCUACGGACAGAUAGGUAUGAUUCAGGCUCUGGCUGGUUUUUUCACCUACUUUGUGAUCCUGGCUGAGAAUGGCUUCUGGCCAGAGACCCUGCUGGGCAUCCGUCUGAAAUGGGACGACCGUGCUAACAACGAGGUGGAGGACAGCUAUGGACAGCAAUGGACCUACGAGCAACGGAAGAUCAUUGAGUUCACGUGUCACACCUCGUUCUUUGUGAGCAUCGUGGUGGUGCAGUGGGCCGAUGUGAUUAUCUGCAAGACCAGGAGGAACUCUGUCUUUCAGCAGGGCAUGAAGAAUCGUAUCCUGAUCUUCGGCCUGUUUGCUGAGACAGCUUUGGCUGCAUUUUUAUCCUACUGCCCAGGAAUGGACAUCGCUCUCCGCAUGUAUCCCCUGAAGGUCUCCUGGUGGUUCUGUGCCCUCCCCUACAGUCUUCUCAUCUUCAUCUACGAUGAGGUCCGCAAGCUCAUCAUCAGGAGGUAUCCUGGAGGUUGGGUGGAACUGGAGACAUAUUACUAA